AUGGAGCGGAGCCAAUUGGCCAAGCGGUUGGUAAAUCUUACCUUGGGAAAACCCCGCAUUGAGGCUUACUCCAUGGGGUUGAACAUAUUAGCAGGCGUCUAUGGUUCGGCAGGAUGGGCGUCAGCAUACGGACUGGAUUAUAUCCUCGGAUGUGCAGAUGCGGAUUCGACAUGGUUUUCCUUCCUCUGGCUGGGGAAUCGGGGUGAUAGAUGGGCAUAG